AUGAGCAAUGUUGUGGAAUGGGUGGAAAUCGUGGAGCCACAAACGAAGCAGCAUAUGUAUGCUAACCUGAUAUCUGGCCAGUGUGCAUGGGAGCCUCCACCUGGGGCGUCAGUGAAACACACACACGAGCAUCAGUGGUGGGAGCUGUUCGACUCAAAGACUGGUCGUUAUUAUUACUACAAUGCCUCGUCAAUGAAAACGAUUUGGCAACGACCGAUGGGACCCGAGAUUGACAUCAUUCCUUUGGCCAAAUUACAGACUCUCAAAGAAAAUACUGAAAGCUCUGAGCAUGCUCGGGUUCGACGAACUUGUGAAACACAAACUUCACCGGCUAUUCGUAGAGUGGUUGGUGGAUCUCGACGUGUGAUUGCCCAAAAUAUUGGGCCUGAAGCGGGUGUUAUCAUGACGAGGACUGCAAGCCGGUCUUCGAAUGGCACUAUGAAUGGCAUGCAGCAAUCCUUCGAUUGGAUGUCGCUUGAUGAUCAGAGCGAUAGCUUAUCGAUUGGAGACAGAGGUGAUUACCGUGACUGUAACCGUGAUUUCGGACGAUCACCGCGCCAAUUUCCUCCGUUUCCCACUAUGGGGACCACAUCAACCAUGUCAACUGCACCUUCUGCGGAUUCUCUUCCACCUCGGUCAUCUCGGUCCUCGAGCCCUCCAGCGCAGAAACGGCAGUUGUUCCCUACAAACACGGGUCCGAAAAAGUCUACGAAUGCUGGUGGUUGGGCAAAAGACGCGCCGAAACAACCAUUAUCUGCGCCUGACAAUAAGCAGCUUAAAAAGGAGUCACCAGCUAUUUUUAAGCUCAUUCAAGGAUAUAUGGGAGAUAGGAAAAGCAAGACACCUAUAGACCAGCAAGCCUUAUCCUUAUGCGAGCUCGGUCUUUCUAAGCAGGAAUGUGCCGAUGAAACUGUAGCUCAGCUUAUGCAACAGCUUACAGACAAUGAGCGCCCCGACAGUGUUAGGCGAGGAUGGGAGCUGUUAGCCAUAAUUCUUAACUUCGUUACGCCAUCUGAAAAGCAGGCUAGCUCUCUAGCAGAGUUUAUUGAUCGAAACUCCGAAAAAAUCUUCGAUAGGCCUGAGGUAGCCGUAUCUCAUUUUGCGCAACAGUGUGCAAAAAGGUUGUCUAAAUCGCAAGUAAGGCCUAAGCCUUCGCUUGCUGCUGUACAGGAAGCUCGGGUGCACAUAUUCAAUCCUCCGCAGUUUUCUGCAUCUUUGAGCGAGUUAAUGGAAAUGCAGGCUGAGCGUUAUCCUCAACUGCAGUUGCCAUGGAUCGAGACGACUCUUAUCGAACUAUUAUAUGAAUCUGGUGCUAGAAGGACCGAAGGUUUAUUCAGAGUACCGGCCGAUCCAGACCAACUGAUGACUACUCGUGCUCGACUCGACAUGUUCGUAGUUCCGGUAGUGCAUGAUCCUCAUGUACCAGCUGGCUUGUUGAAGUUGUGGCUGCGUCAGCUACCAGAGCCGUUGAUACCACAUGCUUUUUAUCAGCGUGCUCUGGCAGCAUCUGAAAAUCCGGUCGAGCUCGCUCGGCUCGUUAAAAUUCUCCCAAACAUCAACCAGCUUGUGUUAACAAAGCUUGUGGCUUGCCUUCAGGAUUUGUCUCGCGAAGAGGUCGUGGCGCAUACAAAGAUGGAUGCGUCAAACUUAGCUAUGGUCAUGGCACCAAAUGUGUUGAGAUGUGAAAGCGAAGAUCCUCGGGUUAUUUUUGAGAAUACUCGUCGAGAAAUGACGUUUUUGAAAACGCUAAUCACCAGCUAUGAUACCUCUUAUAUCCAGGGCGUGGUGUAA